CCGGGCUGCGGCGCCAUUUUGACUUUCCGACCUUGGGUUCCGGCUGGUUGCGGGCUGCUGGCUGCCGCCUGCUCUGUGCCGUCAUGUCCGCGCUCACGCCGCUGCUGCUGAGAGGCCUCGCAGCCCCCGGCCGGCGGCUCCUUGUGCCGCGCGCCCAGAUCGCUUCCAAGCCGCCGCGGGAGCAGCUUGGGCUCAUGGAUAAUGCCAUUGGGCUCGUCUCCUGCUUCCUGUGUUUCCUCGUGCCGCCGGCCUGGGUCCUGUCUCACCUGGAGGACUACAAGAAGCGGGAUUGAAGGGGGCCAUCCUGUCCUCACCUUGAGACCUGACCACCCCCGGCCCGUUCUGGUCAUGUCUCCUGCAUUCCCGGCUGGCCUUCCCUGGAUCAUGUCCUUCAAUUACAGUGACCUCUUCUGCAACCAUGACCUCUCCAUGUCUCCAUGGUGACAUCUGGGACCACAUAUAUCAGUUUAGAAGGCCCUGCUCAGUGGGGUCCCCAAUUGUAACAAUAAAGUCUAUUUAAACCUUG